AUGGCCCCCACGGUGCAGGUUCCCGUGCCCGAGCUGACGGCGCAGACGACGAAAGCGCUGCGGCUCCUCGGGUACUCGGAGACGGAAGCGACAAUCAUCCAGCGCAUCCUCUUGUAUGCGCAGCUCCGAGGCAACACGCAGGGCGUCGUCAAGCUCGUGACGCACGCGCUCGACAAGAGCCCGUUGUCGGCAGCGCAUCCGAUUCGUACGACGCGGGAGACGCCGACGAUGGCGGCGAUCGACGGCCACCAGCACUGCGGCAUGCUCGUUCUGCAGCGAGCCACGGAGGUUGCGAUCGCCAAGGCCAAGACAGCCGGCGUCAGCGUUGUGACGUGCCGCAACUAUUGCACGUCGACGGGCGCGAUUGGGUAUUACGCCCAGGAGAUGGCGCGCCAAGGCUGCAUCGGCUUUGUCUUCUCGGGCUCGCCGGAACUCGUGGCGCCCACGGGCAGCAAGAUGCCGCUCUUUGGUACCAACCCGCUCGCAAUGAGCUUCCCGCGCUCGGAUGCCUCGGAGCCGCUCAUGAUGGACUUGGCGACGUCGGCCAUCUCGUACUACGCUGUUAUUUUGGCCAAAAUCGCCAAAAUCGCAAUCCCCGAAGGCGUUGCUGUGGAUGUCAACGGUGCCACCACGACGGACCCCGCGGCUGUUCACGCGAUUUUGCCGUUUGGUGGGCACAAGGGAUCGGCGUUGGCCCUCGCGGUGGAGCUGCUCUCGGCGGCGCUCGCGGGCGGUGCGAUCCACGACAAGGACAACGCCAACGACUGGGCGAGCUGCGUCGUCGCGAUCGACCCCACGCUCUUCCACCCGCAGCCAGGUGCCUUCACAUCGCGCGUCGAGCAAGUGCUGCAACGUGUCAAGACGGCCGACAAGAUGCCCAAUGUCGACGCGAUCUGGCUCCCCGGCGAGCGCGGCAAUGCCAUUUCCAAGAAGCACGUGGCGGAAGGUGUCAUUCCGAUGGAAGCGUCGCUGUGGGGUCAGCUGCAAGCGCUCACGGGCGGCACCCCGCCGUCGCGUCUGUGA